AUGUCUCCUUGCUCCGUAAUCCCUAUCGACAAGGACUGGAGGUUCAAACAAGCCGACAAGGAGCACAGCAAGUUCCUGCCCGUCGCCCAGUUCCCUACCAAUGUCCACCUAGACCUCCUCCACCACGGCUUGAUCCCCGAUCCCUUUAUCGGCAAGAACGAGCUCGACGUUCAGUGGGUUGGCGAGGCCCAAUGGACUUACAAGACUACCUUCAAAGGAGCCAGUGUUCCCAAGAAUGGCAAAGCCGUCCUGGCCUUUGACGGUCUCGACACCUUCGCCACUGUCAAGCUCAACGGCAGCACUAUCCUUGAGGCAGACAACAUGUUCAUCCCCGAGCGUGUUGAAGUUACGUCUUUGCUAAAAGAGGAUGAUAACGAGCUUGUCAUUGACUUUGACAGUGCUUACCUCAGGGGGUGGAAGCUAGUUGAGAAAUAUCCCGAUCACAAGUGGGGGUGCUGGAACGGUGAUAACUCGAGACUGGCCGUGAGGAAAGCGCAGUAUCACUGGGGAUGGGAUUGGGGCCCGACCCUACUGACCUGCGGUCCCUGGAGGCCAAUUAACCUGGAGAUCUUCGAGAGCAGGCUGGCAGAUCUCAACAUUCAGUCGACUGUUCCGGAGGACCUCAAGUCUGCCGAUAUCGAGGUUACUGCUGAGGUCGAGGGCAAGGCAGACAAGGUGCGGUUCGAUAUUUCUCUCGAUGGCACGCAAGUUGCUUCGGAAACUGUCCAAAUCAGCUCUGACAAGGCCACGGCCUCUUUCACCCUUGAGAAUCCUUCACUCUGGUACCCUAUUCGAUAUGGCAAACAACCCCUGUACCUGGUCAAGGCUACUCUUAUUGCCGGUGAUAGCGAGGAAGACAAAGUCAAGAAGAGGAUCGGCUUGCGCAGAGCUGAGCUCAUCCAGCGACCACUUAAGGGCCAGCCCGGCAAGAGCUUCUUCUUCCAAGUCAACAACAUACCCCUUUACUGCGGUGGCAGCGACUGGAUUCCUGCCGACAACUUCAUCCCUCGGAUCACCAAGGAGAGAUACUACGACUGGAUCAAGCUUGUGGCCGACGGCAACCAGUUCAUGAUCCGCGUCUGGGGCGGCGGUAUCUACGAAGAGCAAGCCUUUUACGACGCCUGCGACGAGCUCGGCAUUCUCGUAUGGCAAGACUUCAUGUUCGGCUGCGGCAACUACCCUGCCUGGCCUGCCCUUCUCGAGUCCAUCGAGCGCGAAGCCUACGAGAACGUCAAGCUUCUGCGUCACCACCCUUCCAUCGUCAUCUGGGCCGGAAACAACGAAGACUACCAGUACCAGGAAAGCGUCAGCCUCACCUACAAGUACGAGGACAAGAACGCCGACAACUGGCUCAAGACCGACUUCCCCGCCCGCUACAUCUACGAGAAGAUCCUCCCCAACGUCUGCUCUGAGCUCAUCCCAUCCACUUACUACCAUCCGGGCUCACCCUGGGGCGACGGUGUCGACACACACGACCCUACCGUGGGCGACAUCCACCAGUGGAAUGUGUGGCACGGCACCCAAGAAAAAUGGCAAAACUUUGACAAGCUCGGCGGCCGCUUCGUGUCCGAGUUCGGCAUGCAAGCCUUCCCCAACGUCAAGACCAUUGACGCCUACCUGCCCCUCGGCAAGAGCGAUCCUGAUCGGUACCCUCAAUCCUCAACCGUGGACUUCCGCAACAAAGCCGACGGGCAUGAGCGGCGCAUCGCGCUCUACCUAGUGGAAAACAUGCGCUACGGACCGGACCCGCUCGAGCAGUUUGUGUAUGCCACCCAGCUCAUGCAGGGCGAGUGUCUGGCCUCAGCCUACCGGCUCUGGAAGCGGCAGUGGAAGGGCCCCGGCAGGGAGUACUGCGGCGGCGCGCUGGUGUGGCAGAUCAACGACUGCUGGCCGGUCACGAGCUGGAGCAUUGCCGACUAUUAUCUGCGACCCAAGAUGGCCUAUUUCACGGUCAAGAGGGAGAUGGCGCCCGUGAGCAUUGGUAUCACCAGGACGGAGCACCGCCACCCCAGGGAUCGGUACACGCGCGUGAACGUGGAUGUGAGCACCAAGGUGGAGGUGUGGGCAAGUAACCUGACGCUCGAGGACCUCGAGGUCGAUUGUCUUGUGAAGGCGUGGGACGUCGAGACGGGCGAGCAGACGUUCAACGAGAUGGUCGCCGAGCGAAUCGCCCUCCCGGAGAACAGGUCGACGGAGAUUGACGCCAGGGAGGUGCCCGUCAUCGCGGGCGGUGGAAAGGACCAGGAGAAGCGCACGGUUGUGGCGGCGUACUUGUUUGAUUGCGAUGGCAAGCAGGUUGCUAGGUAUGUGAACUGGCCUGAACCGCUCAAGUAUCUGCAUUUGCAGAAGCCGAAGGAGCUUAAGGUGGUGCUGUCGGAGGAUGGCACGGCGGUGGAGAUCAGCGCCGAGGUGCCGAUCAAGGGUCUGGUGGUGGAGACGGAGGACGAUUUGGUGGUGUUUGAGGAUAACUUGGUUGAUAUUGUGCCGAACGAGGUGGUGAGGAUUGGGGUCAAGGGGGCUACCAAGGAGACGAAGCUCGAGGCUAGAUACUUGGGGAUGUUAUGAACGGGACAAAGCGGG